AUGGCCAAACAGCCUGACAUCAGCCCUGUGCAUGCGCACGUCAAGAAGGAGGAGCUAUCAUCUCCAUCCGAUCCGCGUACUCCUCAGGUGUCCGCCCGUCCUGAUGCGUCUCAUAUUCUCACUGACCCUGUCUCUCGUCAACGUGGAGGCUACUCAGCUUUCCCGCCAGGUCAUCGCCCAGUUCUCGCCCCAUACACUCAAGAUCCGCGACACCUUGCACCAAUGUCGCGGGCUGCUUAUGGUGGAUAUGAAGACGGAUUUGACACUCUUACCACCCUUAAAGAUAAUCCUCGUCGCUACGGUUAUCAGCCUCAGAUGGUCCAGCGACACCCGGCUCCGGCUAUGAUGUACGGCGUUCCUUUGAACUACCAUCAGAUCGUCAACGCGCAGAACCUCCAUCGUCAAGGCCACGGUCAGGUCUAUGCAUUCGGUGGUCCUCUUGACUAUAUUCCGGCUGAUCUUUUUGAUCGGGCCACGGCCCCGCCGGAGCCUCGGGCUUCUGCACAGUUCGGACGCCCACCUGUCAAUCUGCAGUACCCCCAUAUCUCUCAAGAUCCCACUGAUACUCCGGUUCACAGCUACCAUCAUCGCGUCUCUUCAGUUGCUUCCGGAACACCAGAAGCGGAGCAAUUCGAGACCCAAUCGUCCAACAAGCCGAAGCGCGGCCGGAAGAAGGCAACUGCCAACAAGGUGGAGAGCGAAGACGAGGAUGGACAGCACGAGAUCGACCUUUCUAAGUCCGCUUCUGAUGUUACGCUCUACUUCAACAACCGUGAUGAGGCAGUUCAUGGCAUGAAGGCUCCGAACUGGUCCCCGCCCGACGAUGAUGAGACCAUCCCUGAUACCGACGAGAAGCGCCAGGAUUGUGUCCGCAAGCUGGUCGCUGCGAUGUUGGAUCUCUCGAAGUACAACGACAAAGACGGCUCCGUCUUCAAGAAGCGCUGGUAUGUUGUCGGGGAAGGUCGCAAGGACUUCUAUGACCCCAAGGCCAUUGAGAAGGUGUGCUGGGACAUCCUCGACUUCACCGAGCGUCUCCACCGCGACGGCCCCAAGGUAUUCAGCUGCUACGACCCCGAAUUCCACAAGACCCUCGCUCGAUCCUCCCACCUCACCUUCGCCGCGCGCAUGAACGCCGUCAUCGAGCUUCUCACGCACUUCAAGGGUCGCUGCGACAAGCUGCUCAAGGGCAACAUCCUGGAGACGUAUGUCGGCGCACCGGAGGGCAUGAUAGAGACCGCCAAGCAGAACCGCCAGAACAACGACAAGCGCCAGGAGUGGAUCAAGAUCGGUCGGCCUCCAAAGGCCCACGGCGUGUUCACUGCGAAUACGACGCCGGCUCCUCAGGAGCGGCCUCUUAGCAACAAUGAGCAGUCUUUCACGGAGCUGGAGGCCACUCAGAACUUCAACGACGGCUAUGGGGAGACUGAAGACGCUGCUGGUGAGACUGAAGACGCUGCUGGUGAGACUGAAGACGCCGCUGGUGAGACUGACAGCGCUCGGGGUGAGACCGAGAGCACUCUGGAUGAGGGCCUGGGUGAUCUGAAGCGCAAGUUGGAUGAGGUCGAGUCUGAUUCUGACGGCGAGGCUGAUGAUGAGGCUUCAGUCAAGCGCAUGAAGGAGGACUCUGCGGAGUAG